UUGUCAUCAGCCUUCAUUCUUACUUGCAAGCGAGCCUUUGAGCAGGGUAUCAAGAUUCUUUAUCAGACAAACACUUUCGAGUUUGAAGCUUCGGGUGAAUUUAUGGAGUUUCAAAGAUAUCAGAUUGCCCCUGACCUGAAACAUUUACUCACACACAUCGAUACUCCAGUAUCGAUCGAAUUCAGCGAUCUGGCCUGCUAUGGAAGCGAGCUUGAGAAGACAGGAAGGCCACAACCCAUCAAGUUCACAAUGCUGUGCCAUACUCUGUCUAAGAUGAAGCAGGAGCCCAACUUGCGUCUUCAUGUGCAUCUGAGCAACGGCGAGCCAUGGCCUAAACACACUGUUGAGAGCAAGAGACUUGCAAGCCAGGCUAUCAGGGUCGGCCUUGAAACGCUCGUCGGCAAUGGGCGAGUCACUUGUGUAAUUGAUGGCUGUGGUAUGGAUGGCUUCUCUGAACUUGUGAUGGGAAUAUGGUCGGAAAAACUAGAGGGGGGAUUGAAGCUUAACAUGUGUCCUCACAAGCCUCCGAGCCACUAUGACUCGUCUUCUGACCAAGAACCAGAUGAUGAAUCUUUAACUGAUAGUGAGAGUAAUGAGCAGGUUGAUGAACAAUGA